UCUCCCCCAGGCCUCCCCCCUGCAGCCUCCUCAUCCCGGUCCUUGCUGAGCAUCCGGCUAAUUACGGCAGUCGCCGUGACGUGUUCGAAGCCAUUUUGGGUUCGAAGUGGUUCCGCUUAGGAGCACGCUACCUUCGCUCGGUUGCGGCGCCCUGGUCUGGAAGGACGCCCCCCCGCGGGUCUGCUUGGAUGGCGGCCCCGGUCCUGCGAAGCCGCCGCUCCCCGGCGCUGGUGCCGCUGGCCCUGGCGGCGGCCGCGGUUGCGGCGGUUCUGCACGGGGCGACCCGCAUCGCCUUCGCAUCGCCCGCUCCCCGGGCUGCCCCUGCCACGCGCCGAGGAGUUGCUGUCGCCGCGCGAGGCGGCGACGAUGACGAUUUCAUGAUGGCCGACAUCAGCCUUGCGACGCUGAAGGUCGGGCGGGAGCUGACCGGCGUCGUCACCAGGGCCGCGCCGUUCGGGGCCUUUGUCGACAUCGGCGCCGAGAGGGAGGGCCUGGUGCCACUCUCCAAGAUGUCCGACAAGAGGGUCGAGAACGUGGAGGACGUGGUCAAGAUCGGCCAGUCUGUCACGGUGUGGGUGUCGAACGUGGACAUGGAAUCGUCGCCACCGAAGUUGCAGCUCACGAUGAACAAGAACAAGAUCCGGGAGUUCCCGAAAUCCACCCUCGACGUGAGCGCGUUCGAGGGCAUGAGCUCCGACACCUUUGUCAAAGCCCAAGUGCGGGGCCUGCAGUCGUUCGGCGCCUUCGUGGCCCUGAAGGACCCCAAGGGCGGGAAGGAGACGGCCCAGGCGCUGCUGCCCAUCUCCCAGAUCGCCGAGCAGCGCGUGGAGGAUAUUUCCGAGCACCUGAAGAUUGGGCAGGUCAUCAUGGUCCGCGUGGAGAAAGUGGACGUUGAGGCGCAGCGGAUGUCGGUGACCAUGAGAGACGUCAGCUGCCCGCUCGAGGAGUUCCAGGAUUUGGACCCCGAGAAGUGGCUCGAAGGCACGGUGGUCGGCCUCCCAAAGUUCGGCGCUUUCGUGGCCGUGAAGGACCCCAAGGGCGGGAAAGCGACGGCCCAGGCGCUGCUGCCCAUCGCCCAGAUCUCCGAGCAGCGCGUUGAGGAUGUCUCCGAUUACCUGACGCUCGGGCAGAAGAUCCAGGUCCGCGUUGAGAAUGUGGACGUCCAGGCGCAGCGGAUGUCGGUGACCAUGAGAGACGUCAGCUGCCCCCUCGAGGAGUUCCAGGAUUUGGACUCCGAGAAGUGGCUCGAAGGCAAGGUGGUCGGCACCGCACAGUUCGGCGCUUUCGUGGCGUUGCCACACCCGAAGGGUGGCCGUGGCAAGGCGCAGGGGCUGGUGCCCAUGACGCAGUUGCCGGGCACGGACUUCAUUGAGG